AUGGCGGACGGCGAGCCGGACUUUGAAAUGAUCGAGUUCUGGGGCGAGGAGGUGCCGCCGGGCGCAAAGCGCUACUCUGUCGAGGUCGAGAACGAGCCCCCGAUCUUCCACAUGAUCCACGUCACCGGCUGCGCCCUGGGCGACGCGCCGGCCAAGGGCCCGCACGUGCUUAAGGCCGUCCACAAUGACAAGCCCAUUGCUCUAGCCACGCUCGAGAAGGGCGCGGCCCACCAGUUCUCCUUAGACUUUGGGAUCAGCAGCACCACCACCUUCAUCAACACGGGCGCGAGCCCCGUGUACAUCUCCGGCUACAUCACGCGGUCGGUGCAGCACAUAGAGGGCUCGGACGAGGAGGACGAGGAAGACGAGGAGACCUACAGCGACGAGGUGGAGGACGACGACGAGGCGCCAGACGCAGUGCCCCUCUUCGGCGCGGGUGCCAGCCGCAAGAAGCGCGUCAGGGCGCUGGUGGAUGAGGAGGCCGAGGAGACGAGCGAUGAGGAUGAGGAGGGGGGCCUCAGCGAGGGGGGCAGCGAGGACGACGAGGGCGAGGAGGAUGAGGACGAGGAAGACGACGAGGACGAGGAGGGGGACGAGUACGACCGGCGGCUGGGGGCCAAGUCGUUCGCGGACGGCGCUGACGAGGACGAGGACGAGGAGGGGCUGCCGGCCCUGGACUCGGAUGACCUUGUCGCAGAGGCCGACAGCGACGACGAGGAUGGCGCCGGGCGCAUGCAGCUGGGCUCCAGCGACGAGGGCGACGAAGGGGAGAGCAGCGGCGAGGAGGAGGAGGGCGAGGACGAGGAUGAGGAUGAGAGCGACGAGGACGCGCCCCCGCGGGAGCAGAAGAACGCUCCGCCCAAGCGCCAGCCGCAGCCCGCCUCGACGCCUCAGCCGGCCAAGAAGCAGAAAGUCGCAGAGGCCAAGGUGCCGGCCAGCGCGCCGCCGAAGGUGCAGCAGCAGAAGCAGGCGGCGGCCGGCAAGCAACAGCAGCAGCAGCAGAAGCAGAAGCAGGCGAACGGCGGCGACGCAGAAGCUGAGUACCUCUCGGCCAUUGUUGAAUACGUGCGCUCCCAGUCGGCCCCCGUGCCGUUGGCCGCGCUGGGCUCCAAGGUCAAGCGCCCAGAGGGCGUCAAGGCCAAGGCCAAGGCGUUCGUCACGGCGCACGCCGACAAGCUGGCAUUUGACGAGAAGGCCCAGACGGUGUCCCUCAGGAAGAAGUGA